GUGUAAAAUGAGUACACUGAGUAUCGUGUUUUUUUAAAUCUGAAUGAAAUGCGUACAUAUAACUGCUGAAAGUGAGAAAAGUUGUCUAUUUGUUUUCACUCAUACAUCGAAAAAUGCAGCAUGAAAAAUUAUUUCUGGUCAUGCAGUACCGCGGGCACUAUGGGGUCCUAACGCGAACACGUCGCGGUUUGUCUGGACGAAUCCGGUUGCCGACGAUGAAGCUUGGGUAUUUUGAAGUUGUUGAUUUGGACCUUAGUAGUUCAUCUUAUUGUUAAGAAUUUUAUAUAGUCACAAAUUGAAAUGACACAAUGAAAGAACGAUUAUGGAACUAAGGUGAUUUUCAUUUUCAAAGUUUAUUCUUUUGACGCAGUGACAACAGAUGACUCCACCAUGCCUCAAAAGAUUUUAAAAAGUGCCCAUUACAUAGAGUUAGGAAGCUACCAGUACUGGCCAGUUCUUGUACCAAGAGGGAUCCGGUUGUACACAUACGAACAGAUUCCAGUCUUCCUGAAAGAAAAUCCAUACAUCACCGAUGGGUACAGAGCUCACUUACCCUCCAGUCUGUGUAUUAAAAGUCUUUUCAUUCUGUCCAACGAGACGGUGAAUAUUUGGAGCCACCUGCUGGGAUUCCUCCUGUUUUUCUUGUUGGGUGUCUAUGACAUGUCAGCAGUGCUGCCGGCUGCAGGGGCAUCCAGAGAAGAUUAUGUCAUCUACUCCAUAGGGCUUUUUUGCUUUCAGGUAUGCAUGUUGUGCUCAGUGGGCUAUCACUUGUUCUGCUGCCAUCGCUCAGAGAAAACCAGUCGACGUUGGAUGGCUCUGGACUACGCGGGAAUCUCCAUUGGGAUCCUUGGCUGCUAUGUUCCAGGGGUCUUCUACGCUUUUUACUGCAAUGAUUACUGGCGGCAGGUCUACCUGGUGACCGUGCUAGCCAUGAUCCUGGCGGUGUUCUUCGCCCAGAUCCACCCACACUACCUGUCCCAGGAGUGGCACCGGCUGCGCUCCAUCAUGUUUUGCUCCGUGGCCGGGUACGGUGUGAUCCCCGCUGCCCACUGGGUGUGGCUGAAUGGGGGCUUCAGUGCCGUCAUUGUACAGGUGUUUGUGCCCCGUGUUCUGGUGAUGUACCUGAUAGCUGCAGCGGCCUUUCUCUUUUACAUCACAAAAGUCCCUGAGCGCUACUUCCCAGGGCAGCUGAACUACCUGGGUGCCAGCCAUCAAGUGUGGCACGUCUUGGUGGUGUUGAUGUUCUACUGGUGGCACCAGACCGCCGUGUACAUAAUGCACUACCGGCACAGCGAGCCCUGUCCAGACUACCCAGUGCACGGGUAGAGCCACAGAAGGUGCCUGUCACUCUUUCUGCAGACCGACGUCUACCACUUACGACCCAUCACGGUUGCAGGGGCUUGCACAAUCAGAUCCCUCAUCUGUGAAGUGUACUGGGUAGAUUCUCCUGUUCUACAACCAGAAUAAUUGUGGUCAUUUGGUUUAAAGCCAGUUUAAAGUAAAAAAUGAACCUAUUUCUGAAAGAUCUAUCAGACUAGGUAAUAAUCAGAGGGCAUAUGGGUGCUUACUCCUUUAUUACUCACUAGACAACAUACAAAGUCAAUGCAGUAUUGGCAUCAUUCUGAAGUCAAGCAUCCAGAUGUAUGUCUUAAAGAUUCUGCGUGGUUCUCCUGCUAUUUCCUUCAGGAAUAAUUCUAUAGAUGAAGUUUAGUGGCCUCGAUUAGAAAACAUAAAUAGGGCAUGUGGAUAGUUUUUGUUCGUUUUAGUUGAAUUUGUGUAUCUCUGCAUAAGCACUCUUGUGCUCACCUUGUGUCACUCCUAGUCAUGUGUUAUAUUUAAAUGGCUCCUGUAAUUUAAAGAUAUGUAGCAAUCACUUGGCAUAAUGGCAGACUUUCUUACACAUUUUUAUUGAUACAUUAGGACUUUGAAGGGUUUUCCUGUUUGUUGAAAUAUCUUUCCUACGGAUAUAAAACCACAUAAUGCAAAAAUUUAAUGUGUCUGUAUGCACUGCACUAAUUCUAUAUGUGCUUGUCAGUAAAUACUACAAACUUUGGACAGGCAACACAAGCUUGAAUAUAUUUAUGUAUUGUUUUUUUGUGGUACAUUAAUAUUGAGCCUAAAGCUCUGUUUUAUAUGCUGCCACACUCUGCCUUAUUCUCCAUUUGGUUAGCAAAAAUUAAAACUGUACAUAUACGCGGUAAUGUUUUGUUUACAUUUUGUUCUUAUUACAUUGACGUUCUGGAAACUACAGUUUAGAGCGUUCCAGAAGGCUGCCUAUCAACUAUUUGAACAUAUGAAGGGUUAUGUGCAAUUUUACAUACAACAUCAUGUUAAAUUAUUCCAAUAUGGUCUUGACAAACUGCUGAAUUGUUUUUUCCCCUAAUAUAUUGUGCUCAUGCAUUUGUUUAAAUUUUGAGUUUGUCAUUCUGUUAUCUGUCAGUUGCCUUUUAUUCUAGGUGGUCGCGGAAUAAAGUUUGUAAAGGUUCAUCCUACGUUUAAGAUUUACGGUGACUCCAGCGUAUGGGAAAAUGUUAUUAUCAGCUUAUUAGGUCAACUAUGAAUAGUUUUGCAGUGGAUCUGUUUUAAGAUGUCAUUAUUGCCUACUUUUUGUGACAUGUUAAGACGUGUGAAUUUUUGUCUCUUGGAUGAUUUUGGGAUAUUUUACUUAAAUUAUUCUCAUUUGCUGAUGUCAGGUGGAACUUGAUAUGUGUAAGUGUGGAAGGUGCUUUGGUAAAUGUAUUCACUUGUGUCAUAAGCACUGAUGAAAGAAAUGGUCAGCUGCUGGUCUUGCCUUUGACUGCAGUAUUUACAUGUUUUACUCUUUUAUAAUCUGUCCUGAAAUACUAUCCUCUAUAACAUCAGUUCAAAACAUGAAUAAGUAUGUACAUAAGUAGCUGCUCUUUUUUCUUAUGAAUGAUGAUGUAACAUUUCUAUUUGAAUUUUAGUGGUUUUGCAUCCGUUUGAGAACAAUUGGGUUUUGAGAUUUGUUUCAAAUAAUUUACCCUAAAUUCUUGUUUUGUCUGGUAGUUGCGUAUGUAAGUUUAUGUGCUGAAACAACUCAAAUUUCAUUUACGAUUGUGGUUGCAGUUUUGUUUGGUUUACUUCCAAAUUUGACACUCAAUAAAAUGGCCACAUUGUUCUUGUGUAA